UGUGACUGUCCCGCAUUUUCACCCGGAAAUCAGUCGCAUGGCGCGUGAUUGGCUGUUUACAUUCUCACCACAGUGGACUUUUAAACAUAUUUUAGAGAACCGUAAUGACAUUGCCAUUUUGGUUUUUAGGCCUCGGAUAAACUUUAAAUCGUCACAAAGCUUGAAAGUUUAAGUAUUUGAAUGGGCGUUCAUUAACACAUAGUUUCAUCGACAGGAUGAGAGAAACGGCUCUUUUUAUUCUGCUCGCUGGAAUAAUCACUACAGCAAGAGCUGACAGUAAAGACGGUUGUCUAGCCCUGAAUUUCGGUCAUGGCUCGGUUGUGUGUGUGUGUAAUGCGACAUACUGCGACUCACUCGGCCGGACUGUGCUGCCAAAAGCUGGCCAGUUCUUAUCAUAUGUCAGCAAUAAAGCUGGCAGCAGACUGAUGGAGAGUCAAGGACAGUUCCAGAAGAACAGCACAGGUGCAGCUCUCAGAGUCACUCUGAACCCCAGUCAAAAGUACCAGCGCAUUAAGGGAUUCGGGGGAGCCAUGACAGAUGCGGCAGCCAUGAAUAUUCUGUCUCUGUCUUCCGGAGCUCAGGACCAGCUGCUCAGGCAGUACUUCUCCACAGAUGGUAUAGAGUACCGUUUCGUAAGGGUGCCAGUGGCCAGCUGCGAUUUCUCAACUCGACUCUACACGUAUGCUGACACUCCAGAAGACUACGAACUCCAGAACUUCACUCUGGCUGAAGAGGAUAUUCACAUGAAGAUUCCCCUGCUGCAGCGGGCACAGGCUCUCUCUGCCCAGCCUCUCUAUCUGUUCGCCAGUGCCUGGAGCGCCCCUGCCUGGCUGAAGACCAAUGGCGCACUGAUUGGGAAGGGCUCCCUCAAAGGCAAACCAGGAGGCAAAGAACACAAGACCUGGGCUCAGUACUAUAUCAGGUUUCUAGAGGAAUACGGGAAGUAUAAUCUUUCGUUCUGGGGGCUGACGUCGGGGAAUGAGCCCACUGCAGGCGAAAUGACAAAUUACAGCUUUCAGGCUUUGGGUUUUACUCCAGAGACGCAGCGCGACUGGAUUGCCCUGGAUCUGGGUCCAGCACUUCAUUCCUCAUCCUUUUCCAAGACCAAACUAAUGAUUCUUGAUGACAACCGCCUUAUGCUGCCACAUUGGGCCAAAGUGGUUCUAAGUGACAUUAAAGCAGCACGAUAUGUCCACGGGAUUGGUGUUCACUGGUACUUUGAUCACCUUGUUCCGCCUGACGUCACCCUGACCUCCACACACCACCUGUACCCAGAGUACUUCCUGUUUUCAACUGAGGCAUGUGCUGGAUGGAGUCUAGUGGAUCAUGGUGUGCGUCUGGGCAGCUGGGACCGGGCAGAAGACUACGCUCAUGACAUCAUCCAGGACCUGAAUAAUUUUGUGACAGGCUGGACAGACUGGAAUUUGGCCCUUAAUCAGGAUGGGGGACCCAACUGGGUCAAGAACUUUGUGGACAGUCCCAUAAUUGUGGACCCAAGCAAAGAUGUAUUUUACAAGCAGCCCACGUUCUACAGCAUGGCCCACUUCAGCAAGUUCCUAUGGGAGGAGUCUCAGCGAGUGGGCGUGUCCUUCAGUCAGCAGACCAGCCUAGAAAUGUCUGCAUUCAUCAGACCUGACGCCUCAGCAGUAUUAAUCAUUCUAAACAGGUCUGAAGAGGAGGUGCAGUUUGAAGUCUGGGAUCAAACGGUGGGCUUUUUGCAAGGAAGUGCUCCACCUCACUCCAUUCUCACGCUACUGUGGAACAGACACUAAAUGAAAUCUGGGUCAGUAACCCAUAUAAGCACCUUAAUGAGGAACUCCAAUCGUUUCAGUCAUGCCUUAAGCCAGUAAGGUCCGAAAGCUUAACAACCAUGAUUUGCAAUUAAAUCGUUUCAAUACGGA